CCUCCCUCGGCGGGUGUGCUCCGAGCGGCCUCGCCUCACCGCCUAGCGCCCCCCUCAGCCGUUGCCGCCGCCGCCGCCGCCGGCCAUGUCCCCCGGCCGCCGCCGCCGCCGCCCGAGCGCGGCGCUCCCGCGGCCCGGCGCGCACUGAGCGCGGGCCCGAGCUGCCGUUCGCCCGCCCCGGGCCCUUGUUCUCCGCGCCGCCGCCGCCAUGUUGGGUUUGGAGCCGCAGCGGAGCCGUCGCCGCCGCCGCGGCUGACGAGGCCGAGCGCGGAGCCCGGCCCGCGCCGGGGCCCAGGGAGCAGGGCCCGUCGGAGCCCGUCGGAGCCCGUGUGCCCGUCCGCCGCGCGAGCAAGUCGCCGGGCCCCCGGCCGCGCCCUCUGCCGCCGGCCGAGCGAGCCGCGGAGCCCCGAGAGGCAGCGCCAUGGCGGAGCAGACCUAUUCGUGGGCCUAUUCCCUGGUGGAUUCGAGUCAAGUGUCGACAUUUCUGAUAUCCAUUCUUCUUAUAGUCUAUGGAAGUUUCAGGUCUCUUAAUAUGGACUUUGAAAACCAAGAUAAGGAGAAAGACAGCAGCAGCUCUUCUGGCUCUUUCAAUGGCAACAGCACCAAUAACAGUAUCCAAACAAUUGACUCCACCCAAGCUCUGUUCCUUCCAAUUGGAGCAUCCGUCUCUCUCCUAGUGAUGUUCUUCUUCUUUGACUCAGUUCAAGUAGUUUUCACAAUAUGUACAGCAGUUCUUGCAACAAUAGCUUUUGCUUUUCUUCUUCUCCCGAUGUGCCAGUAUUUAACAAGACCCUGCUCACCUCAGAACAAGAUUUCCUUCGGUUGCUGUGGGCGGUUUACUGCUGCUGAGUUACUGUCAUUCUCUCUGUCUGUCAUGCUCGUCCUCAUCUGGGUCCUCACUGGCCACUGGCUUCUUAUGGAUGCUCUGGCCAUGGGUCUCUGUGUCGCCAUGAUCGCCUUCGUCCGCCUGCCAAGCCUCAAGGUAUCCUGCCUGCUUCUCUCAGGGCUUCUCAUCUACGAUGUCUUCUGGGUGUUUUUCUCAGCCUACAUCUUUAAUAGCAACGUCAUGGUGAAAGUGGCCACACAGCCAGCUGACAAUCCCCUUGAUGUUCUGUCCCGGAAGCUUCACCUAGGACCCAAUGUGGGGCGUGAUGUUCCUCGCCUGUCUUUGCCUGGAAAAUUGGUCUUCCCAAGCUCCACUGGCAGUCACUUCUCUAUGUUGGGCAUUGGGGACAUUGUGAUGCCCGGCCUCCUGCUAUGCUUUGUCCUUCGCUAUGACAACUACAAGAAACAAGCCAGUGGUGACUCCUGUGGGGCCCCUGGUCCGGCUAAUAUCUCUGGGCGCAUGCAGAAGGUCUCCUACUUCCACUGCACCCUCAUCGGGUACUUUGUAGGUCUGCUCACUGCGACUGUGGCAUCUCGCAUCCACCGAGCUGCCCAGCCCGCUCUCCUCUACUUGGUGCCAUUUACCUUAUUGCCACUCCUCACUAUGGCCUACCUAAAGGGUGACUUACGAAGGAUGUGGUCUGAGCCAUUCCACUCCAAGUCCAGCAGCUCCCGAUUCCUGGAAGUAUGAUGAAUCACGUGGGAAGUGACCGGAUUUGCUCUCCUCGCCCUGUCUCUCACCGCGUGGUUUUGUUUCCUCUAAAAGCUGGCCUGGUACGCGGAGGCAGGCCUGUCCACGGAACUGCAGUGUGACAGAGUUUGCGUGUGAGGGGAGCGUCCAUGGAGGGUGCUGAAGCCCUGCAGAGCCCUUCUCUUCCCCGCCCUGGGAGAGUGGACCCUUCCAGAAGGGACAGGCCCUCCCGCUGCUCUUUGCUUGUGUUUUUACGGACCUGCAUCCGACUGUUACCUUGCGGGGAGAUGAAGAGCUGACUUAUUUAAAACUACAAAAAGCAAGGAGUUGUUUUAGAACUUUGAACACUAAAAGGAUGAAAAAAUUUAGCAAACCGAAGUUUCUUCAGCGAACCCUCCAAAACUUUGGGACCCGUUUCCUAUGGGGGACUUCAGAGACCUAGGACAGGAGUUCUGUCCAUCUUUUUUUCUUUUCUUUUGGAUUUAUUAAAUAUUUUCUGUGGUGUGAAGUGACUUAUUAAAUCCACAGACAUUGAAUGACUUCUUACAACAUACACAUAAGAAUUUGUUGUAAUGACUGUGUCCAACCGUGUUGGCAGUGAGCAAGGACAUGGUUUUAUACAUACGUACAUAUAUACAUAUAUAUAUAUAUAUACACACACACACACACACGCGUGCACAUAGAUAUCUAUGAGUAAGCAGCGACUAAACCUGCUAAGAUCAUGCCGUGUAGCAGACGGGGGCUUGCUGUCAUUUGAGCAUGUAGAGCAGUUCACUGUGGCUUCCUCGCAUAAGCUGCGUCUCCCUCACGAGUCUCCUGCAGUUGGAAGCUGUGGACACGUGGAGCUGAUAGACUCGUGGGCUGUGGGGACUCCUCCUUCUUUUGAUCAGUGUAGCAAAUUAGGGAUGAAAAGUUUGAACUUUUUGACCCUUUUCUUUUUACAGGCUCCCCCCUCACAGUUUUUAGUAGUCGCCUCUUGAACCAGUGCAUGUAUUAUAGCAGCCAGGCGUCCUGUGCUUUCUGGAUCAUAGUAAUGUACUACCUGUAAAUACAUUUUUCUAUUUUAUAUUUUUUUGUAUUUUUUUUUGACAUUUUGUUUCAUUGGUGCGCUGUAUUUUCCAUGCCCUCACUCCCUUAAAAACAAAAAGGAAGAAGCAACACAACCCUGUCCUUGCUGUUGUGAUUAGUCUUGGUUUACCUGUGGUGACAGCUGGGCUUCGGGGACAAAUGGCAACUGCCUCUCUGCAAAUGGAGCUCAAGUCCUCGAGCCGGAGACAGAGCAGGCUGCUGCUGUAGGACUUCAGAGCUGACCCUGCGCUGACUGUGGUCUCCGCGGAGCUGGCGUGGGCAGUGGCUAGUGUCUGCUCACCUUUGACUAAGCUCCUCUCAGACUGGCAAGCUGCUGCCUGUGUGGGUCAGCCGUGGGGUCUGUUCCUCCCUGGGGUCGUGGCCGCCAUGGCCUGCAUGUGCGGCCAGUUGGUGUGCUGUCGCCCUGAGGCCUGCAGUCAUCCUGGCAGCUCUCGCAGCUGAGUCCGUCUAGUCACAGCAAGGUGCCAUCAUGGUGUUGGUUCCUCUGUCCUCUUCAAAUUCUCUGAAGGGUUUGAAGGUUUGAUUUUUGUCUCUAAUAAAUGACUCCUUUUUCUA